AUGGCUUCAUCUGUGCCCGGACCAGUGCCUUUACCGGCCUCCCAAUAUGAUCUGUCGACGUACCUCGGGCGUGUCAAGCAUUGUGCGGGUAUAUCUGACCCUACAAUGCUGCUCAACACUUCGAAAGACAUCGAGAACGCAAAGAGACUAGUCUGGGACUAUAAAAACGGAGUCAUUUCUGAGAUGACUCCUGACGUCUGGCGUGCGAAAAGAGUUCUGGACUCCUCGAUCCACCCAGAUACUGGAGAAACCGUUGUUCUGCCGUUUAGAAUGUCAUCGUGUGUCCUGUCGAACCUGGUUGUCACUGCUGGUAUGUUGACCCCUGGCCUUGGAAAUGCGGGGACUGUCUUUUGGCAGAUCGCGAACCAGUCGUUGAAUGUGGCGAUCAACACCGCCAACGCAAACAAAUCACACCCUCUGACGACCAAACAACUCGCAACUAACUACUUCCUGGCUGUUGGUGCCUCGUGCGGAGUUGCUCUGGGUUUGAAUUCUAUUGUUCCUCGGUUGAAGAAUGUUUCUGCAAACACCAGAAUGAUCCUCGGACGUCUUGUUCCAUUUGCGGCUGUUGUUUCUGCCGGUAUCGUGAACGUUUUCCUUAUGAGAAGUGAAGAGAUCAAAAAGGGUAUUUCUGUGUUCGACCAAGACGGAAACGACUUGGGCAACUCCAGACGCGCUGCCGUUCAAGCUGUUGGAGAGACUGCUGCUUCACGUGUCAUCAACGCUACUCCAAUCAUGGUCAUUCCUCCUCUGCUUCUUGUCAGAUUACAAAAGACCGUUCUUAAAGGUAAGGGUUCUGCCGUCCAGACCUUGGCCAACAUCGGAAUCAUCACUGCCACCUCUUUCCUUGUCUUGCCUUUUGCACUCGCUGUUUUCCCUCAACGUCGUCAUGUUUCUGUGGACCAGCUCGAGGAGAAGUUCCGUGGCUUGAAGGACUCCAAGGGAAACGAGAUCAAGCAAGUCGAGUUCAACCGGGGCAUCUAA